UUGCUGCUAGGGAAGUUCUAUUCUACUUAGCUUUCAACAAUAUACAUUUUAAGGGGAAAUGUUAAUAACAACUUAGAAUAAAUUCCAACCAUCGACAAAAGGCGUGUUUGUGACCGUGCGUAAUUGGACUGAAGUUGCAUUCUGGAUUCAGAUGCAGCACGGACAUGUAGGGUUACCUUACUAGCUAUUGUUUUGACGUCACCGGAACUGCGAACAACCAAUAGGAAGUCCCCUAACAACGUCUCAUGAGAGAUUUAACCUCCCCCUCUCUCCCCCUGCGUCUCAGAAAAGAGGCCAAGAAAAGUUAGGGACUCGAGUUGAUAGUCAAAAUGCAUUCUUCAGUCAAGAUCCCCCUUGGUUAAACAAAUGAGUACUUGAGCUCAGUAAAUAUUACCAAGAAGAGGUCAUUUUUAAAUCAUCGGUUUGUUGCCAUUUAUAUGUCAGAUCAACUGUUCUUUGGCAAUGUUUUCCAGCCCCAGUACGUCCACACCCUUCUCGGUUAAGGAUAUAUUAAACCUGGAGCACCACACUGGUGCUGAGGACCUGGUCUCACUGGACAUCUCUCCACGGAUGGACUGUGCCUUACCGACCUCCUGCAUGCUGGCCCGCCUGAAACAGGAGCCUCUCCGGGAGAUAUCGUCUGGAAGCUCGCUGUUUGGAGAGGAGCUCCAUGGUGUUAAAGCCAACAGAAAUACUGACUUCAACUUCGCCGCUGCCUUUUAUGGGAAAUCUUUCUUAGAAAUGGAUAUCAAGGAUGGGAAGACGGACAGCUUGGAGGGGAAACACAGAAAAGACAUGUCCUACAUCUCUCAGAGCGAGCCGGGGGAGGACCUGAAGUCAGAGGACCCGGAUCGACCCGCCAAACCCCGGAAGCGCAGGAAGCCGCGCGUGCUGUUUUCACAGGCGCAGGUGUAUGAGCUGGAGCGUCGCUUCAAGCAGCAGAAGUACUUGUCGGCUCCGGAGAGAGAUCACCUGGCCGGGGUGCUCAAACUGACCCCCACACAGGUUAAGAUCUGGUUCCAGAACCGCCGCUACAAGUGCAAGAGACAGCGACAGGACCAGAGCCUGGAGAUGGUUGGUAUCCCGCCGCCGAGACGAAUCUCAGUCCCAGUGCUGGUCCGAGACGGGAAGCCCUGCCUUGGAGACUCGACGACCUAUAAUACUUCAUAUAAUAUGGGCCUCAACCAUUUCACUUAUAACAGUUACCCAGCGUUCAGUAAUUAUCCCAGUCCUGGCUGUAAUAUGAACCAUGCGUGUAACUAUCCCACCACUGCGGUGCAGUCUAUCCAGCCCUCACAAAACAACGGGAAUUACAUGAACUUCGGCGUGGGAGAGUUAAAUAACGUUCAAAACACGUUUCCGUCCGGCAAUGGAGUGUCUUCUUUACAUGGAAUCAGAGCGUGGUGAACGAAGGAUCGAAAUAUAACAUUAUCAUCAGACAAAUUAAUGAUGUUUUAAAUUGCAUGCGCUUUUACGCAAUGGACUCAUCGGCCUCGAGUGUUGUUAUGUUCUCGUUAUAUUCCAUUUACUGUACUUCGACUGGCAAACUAUUGAUGCAUAAACUAAGUUCAUUUUACUUUGUAUUACUAGUUCCUGAGAUGGAAGAGGGAAUUCAUAAUUGUAAAGUUGUAUAAGAGAUGUAGGUUAUUACUUCAGUGGGAAUAAAACAUGUAUACAAUUUGUCAGUGGACAUAUUUCCCUCACUAUAGCUAUUUUCCGUUAUCUUUGAGAUCACAAAUGUACUGUGUGACAAUUAUAUUUGUAGGUAUGUAAUAAUACACGUAUUAUUUGUAAAUAAAGCUUUUCCUGCAUCAAAUUGAUAGGCUACUUCACGUGGACAGACAACAGGACAUAUUCUGAGUGGGAAAAAAAAGUAUGAAUUAAUAUGAACAAACAACUAGAAUGGGAUACAAUUCGAUAUCACCUGAUUUAUUUAUACCAUCUUCAAUUGCUUAUAAAUGAUUUCUAAAUAUCAAAUGUAGCCUAUCGACCAAUUAUAAUUUUAGGCCUAGUGCUUUCAUAAAACUAUAGCCUAUCACUACGAAUUCUAUCGACCAUGAACAAUUUCAAAGGCUAAAUGUAUUAUUACAUUUCUACUACAGUCAUAUUUUUUAUAUAUAUAUAUAUAUUUUACUUAUAUUACUAUUAUUCUUAAUUAAUCAUGGAUUAGCCUAAUUGUAUUAUUAUUAUUCAUAUAUGAUAAUAGCAUACAACAGUUGUCAAAUCAAAGAGGAAAUAAUAUGUUCAAGAUCCCGCAAUCUAUGCAUUUAAAUAAUGAUUAAAUAAAAUACAAUUGUAUUUGUCACGUACACAUGUUUAGUAUAUGUUAUUGAGAGUGUAGCGAAAUGCUUGCGUUUCUAGCUACAACAGUGCAGAAAGACUGGAAAACAAAUUCUCCAGUAUUUGUUCUUCCAUUUCACUACUCACUGUUAUACAUUUUGAGCAGGCCUAUCCUAGCAUAUAAAGAUACAGUAUGUCAGUGUGUUUAAUAUUAGGAAAAUCGUCCAUCACUGUGGCCCAUAGUAAUUGCCUUUGUCUAUAGCCAGCACACAUUACAAGUAAUCCAUGUCAAACAAUCUUACCCGCUUUCCGUGCAGCGGUUCAUGUAUGUUUAACGUCAGGUUAAACCCUUCAAGUGGCUAUUAGAGACCUUCAAUCUGCUAUAACCGGAAACUUAAGGUUGUAAAAGAAAAAACACAUUUUUAGAACGACCAGCCGGUCUCUCCAUAAAACAUGCUUGGAGCAUGUCACGCAAUUUUGACUAAAUAAGACAAAUAUGUGGUACAGGGUCUUAGACGGUAUUUGUAUAUAGCCUAAGUCCAUAGUCACGGGAAGUAGUUUGGGGUUGGGUGUGCUGCGAUUUUUUUACUGACGGGGAGAAAAUAAGAAAAAAAAUGUCGCACUUUCUCUAGAUCGGUCUGCUAAUACAGGACUAGUGAAGGCCCACAGCACUACUUUAGUAACAACAUUUAAACGAGUGCCUGAGUGUUUUCCAGCAUAUGUAAUUUGAGUCUGAUAAUGAUCUGUACAAAAACAGUUAAUCUGAUUACUUUUAUGUUCCACAAAUGUUCUUGCUUGAUAUAUGUUUUCCAGUUUCUUACUUUGCAAAUGCAACUUAUUUCUAAUGUGAAAACUGAAAUAGUAAUGUUGAUUCCUUUUCCAUUUUAGUAGACACUCUUAUGCAGAGCAACUUACAGUAGUAGUGAGUGCAUUCAUUUUCCUACUUUUUCGUACUGGUCCCCGUGGGAAAUCGAACCCACAACCCUAGCAUUGCAAGCGCCAUGCUCUACCAACAUCAUCAAAUCACAUCAUCACAAACCACUUGAUGUCUCAGUGUACUCAAUUACUGUAGUGGUCAUUGUUUUUCUUCAUGGUGAUGGAAAGUCUACAGGUACUAACCUAGAUGACCAGCCUAUGUACAAUACAGUCAUGUACAUUUACACGAAGUGGUUUGUAAGGAUGGUAAAAUAAUACUGCACACAAAAAUGGUUGUUUUCAAUGUUGUUUGAUCAAGAAAAACAUGUAAUUUGAUGUAAAUGUUUUGUGUCUUUUCCCAUAACUUUGCACCUUUUGAUGUAAAUGUUGUUUCUGGGUUCCAUUAGAAAUGACAAUCACAGAGAAAGGCACAGGGCAACAGCUCCUACAUUUACAACUAUACAAAUCCUGCAAGACACUGAUCUUAAUUAUACAACUAUCUUUUUUUGCCAAAGCAGAUAUGCUGAAAAACAUGUAUUUUGCCUGCGCUACAGCCUUCUGUAUCGGUUCCAUAAUACUAGUAAAUGCCAAGGGGACAAUUUUUGUGGAUUUUUUUUUCUUCACAAAACAUUUAUUUGAUUAGAUUUUCUAUUCAGAUUUUUCAGCAUAAGUCUAUAGGUCCGGGAUACAACGGGAAGUCCAGUUAGACCUACUUCUUCUACAGGUGCAUGCCCGUCUCCAUUAGCUUAUAUAAAAUGGAACACUUUAAAAAAAGGGUGAGGUCGUGAGAUACCAUCACUGACAUAAUUCAAAUAUUUACAGAGAGGUCUGUUUCGGUUCAGAAGGAUUGCGUUAAAGUCCCUCUGACGGGUCUUCAGUAGAAACAGUUCAGGGUUCGUGGAAAUGCGUUCAUCAUCCUCAUCUUUAAAUCAGACCGUUACCGCCGAUCCACAGUCAGAUUCUGAAAUCGCCCACAUGACCCCAGAAAUACACAAAGUCAUUUGAAAUUGCACUGAAUAACAUAAAAAGCCAUCACUGUGCAUAUAGGCCUAAAAUGAAAACAGCCUUGUUUAAUAUGGCUGUAGAGUGGACAGGGCUGUUAAUUAUCAAGUAGAAGCCAGAAUAAUUUUUGCCGCGUUUCAAUAAUAUGAUAAUUACAUUUGAGUAAUUUAGUAGACACUCUUUCUUAUUCAGAGCGUCUUAAAAAUCAGUUAAUAAUGGUUCUGAUGAAUUGGAUACAGUGCCUUCAGAAAGUAUUCAUACCCCUUGACUCAUUCCACAUUUUGUUGUGUUACUGCCUAAAUUCAAAAUUAAUUCAAUAUUUUUUUCUCUCU